AUGACGACCGAACAAGGAGACCAAGUGUCUCCUCAGGUUUCGACCUCACAUGCCAACGAAUCCACCGUCAAGCGCCCUCCGCCCCCAGAGACCCCGGUUGCCGUCCAAACGCGAUUCCGAGUGAUAGCUGCAUUCUGGGCUGUGAUUAUAUUCCUGGGAUUCCCAAUAUGGUGGAAGACAACGUCUAUUUACAGGGCGCAUCUUCCUAUUGAGGAAAUGGUGGAUUGGGCUGAUGGAAAGGCAUGUCGACCAGUCUUCCCUCUUGAGAUUCACCUUGCGACACCUUCCAUGCAAUCUAUUGAGGCGCAAUAUCUCCUCCGCACCACACAGCAUACCCUCGAUGAUCUGAACGAGUUCGCCGCUCACCACCUCCGCCUCAAGUUGGCCAACGACAGCGCAACUGUGUCACAUAAUGCCGAGAAUGGUAUGGAAAGCGCUAUCAAUGCCGAAUCACAGGCACCAGACACUACAUUGACAGUUCGCCUGCUGGCCCAGGAGGGCCUGGCAGCUCCUCGGUCAGAGCUUCAUGCAGCCACGACGCAGCUUGAUGUAUUCUAUCCUCCGAGCCAGGUCCCUGUUCCCUCCUCAUCAAACUCGCCCCUCUCUGCAUUCAUCGCGGAAGAGCUGCAGCGAUUGUAUGGUGAGGAGAAGGCUACGAUAGCACACAUCCUGUCCGGACACACUGGCGGUCUUGACUCAACAUCACCACAACUCGCAGAGAGUAUCAGUCGGAGACUGCGCAGAUCGAUGAAAUACGCCGAGACAUACCACCUCUCAUUCUCGCUCUUUACUCCGGGGUCCGAACCGUCGUCAUGGGACAUUGAGGCUGCUGUAAAGGAAUACCUUUCCCCGCUCCUGCAGGCAUUUGAACCCAUCAGCAACUUCACUGUCGACACGCAGGUCCAGCUAGUCAGCAUGGACACUCAAAAGGAGGACCUCAGCGCCUUCGUCAACGCUGCCGAAUGGCCUCUAAACCCAAGCAUCGGCAACGGGCCCACAAUCAACUUCAUCCUCUAUGUCCCAGAUCCAUCUCAAUCCCCCUUGAUUGUCAAGGAGAACCGAGCUUCAAGUUGGAUUGUUCCCCAAUGGGGUGGAGUCUACCUUCUCAACCCGACCCUUUCCAAUGCCGAGCAGGGUGGCCAGACAAAUCCCGCCCAUCUCUCCCAGGAUUCUCUAGGCCCUGCCUUUAUGACAUUCUCUCACCAACUUCUCACCCUCCUUGGUACCCCUAGCACCCCAGCCUCCCUUCCCCUCCGACUUCAAACAUCCAUCCGCAUCCGCGCAGCUACCCUCCUUCUCUCCGCUUCAUCCACAAUGGGCUCCCUGGCCCGUCUCACCGAAUCUCUACCCUCCAUCCCUAUCCCGGCUAGCGUCGCCUCCUCGGUCUCUACCACUCUUUCCCAUCUAGGUGCUACGUGUUCCCAUUUGCGAGAGGGCCGCUUCGGUGCCGCGCUUGCCAGUGCCCGGGUUGCCGAGACAGAAGCUGAGCGUAGCUUCUUCGAGAAAAGUAUGGUUGGUCAGGUCUACUUCCCAGAUGAACACAAGGUUGCUGUCUAUCUGCCUCUUUUGGGUCCAGUUGGUGUGCCCCUUGUUGUUAGCUUGCUCAAGGAGCUCAAGAGGAUUGCAGCUGGACGCAAAGCGAGGAGAGCGGCGGCCGCGGCGUAG